UUUUACAUUUGAAGAAAUUCACAGAAAGAUUAUAGAAAUGGAUGAACUUUUUUGUACAGAGAAUCUUCUUAAUCAGUUAAUGUUAUACAUACCAACUCCCGAUGAGCGUGGUAAAUUGUCAAUAUAUAAAGACGCACCAGAAGAUGUUCUUGAAAAUUUAGCUCGUGCUGAUAGAUUUUUUGUUGAAGUCAUGAAGAUUCAUCGAUAUGAACAACGUUUGAAAUACAUGUAUUUCUACGUUACUUUUAAAGAGCAGUUUGAUGAUCUUGAUCGCUCCGUUUUAUCAAUAUUGAAUGCCUCAAUAUCACUCAAAGAAUCUAAACAUUUUAAAGAACUUUUAGGUCUUAUUUUAUUACUGGGAAAUUUUAUGAAUGGAAAUACUCAUAAAGGUGGCGCGUUCGGUAUCAAAAUUUCUAGUAUUAAUAAACUUGUUGAUACUAAGUCAACUAAUAGUAGUUCGCACACAUUACUUCAUUUCCUUGCAAAUACUGUUGAUGAUAAAUUACCACGUAUAUCAGGGUUUAUUGAUGAUUUAAAAGAUUGUGGAUCUGCAUGCAGAGUUUCACAACAAGAUAUGACCAAUGAAUAUAGAAAUAUGGGUACUAAAUUGAAUGAACUUGCUAUAGAACUUAAAAAAAAUUUUACAGAUGUCGAAUUAGAAGAAAAUGAUAAAUUCCCAAGUAUAAUGCAAAAAUUUGUCAUCAGUUCACAACAGAAGUUUGAAGAACUUCAGGUUAAAUAUACUUCUAUGGAAGUAGCUUAUAAAGAUGUAGUAGCAUAUUUUGGUGAAGAUCCAAAAAAUACAAAGCCUGAUGAGUUCUUUGGAGUGUUUAAAACGUUUAUCACAUCUUUUGAGAAAGCUAGACAUGAUAACAAGCAACAACGUGAACGUGAAUUGGCAAUUCAAAAACGAAAAGAGGAAGCGGAAAAUCGCAAAAAAGCUGCUCGUCCCAGUCCAGGUGUCAAUAUCAAUUCAGCUUCACAAGAUUCUGUUGAAGAAAAACAUCUUAUGGACAAUCUCUUGGAAUCUUUAAGAGAUGGAGUAGAUUUGGAUUCUCGAUCUCGAAGGAGACGUGGUGGCAAAGAAAAACGUUUAGGUAGAGAAAUGUCAGUUUUAAUGAGAGCCGAAAAUAUAUUGAAUAGUCUCAAAGAAGAUACACCACCAAUACCAGACAUGUCAUAA